ACCUCCUCGUGGGUAGAUGAUGAAACAAGUUCAGAGCUGGAGGCAUGCCACAUUCCUUGUGCAUAGGCGUCUUCCAAGCAAUAUAUAAAAAAGGCUGGCUUGUUCUUCAAUCCAUUCACAGAUCAACAGGCUAAUUCAGAAGAGUGUUGCAGACAACUUGAACAAUGCAGGACUCUGACCUCUGUAUAGAAACACAGAUGAAGCAAGUAUUCCUUUCUGAUGACAGAAGUCACACUAGGAAGAGGCAGCGAUGGAUUGUAGCAGUUUUCAGUAUCGUUUUUGUUAUUUCUGGCACGGUUCUAGCCAUCUGCCUCUUGUAUAACAAGGAAAUACCAUUUACACGUGAAAAGUACAGACUCAGCUUAACUGGAAACGGCAUUAACGGAAGUGGCAUAAUAGAGUGGCAACCUACCUGCAAAACCAGCUGCUACAAUAUGACAUCAAUGACAACAGGUGUGGUGGUAGUUCCCAGGAAUGGAUGGUAUUUUGUUCAUGCACAAAUAACUAUGGAUUUUGACCCAGAGAGUCCCAAGUUCACUGUUCGGCUCCAAAUACAUGAGGAGAAUUUCUGUCUUAAUCAAAGGACUCUGGGAAAAAUAUCAUGUUCCCCAAAAGACGAUUGUUCUGCAUCUAUUUACAUCACUAGGCUGUACCCACUGAAGGAAAGAGAUAUACUGUAUGUGCAGUUAAAUGACAAUAAUGAUUUGAAACUGGAUAAGAAUUUUACAUUUUUUGGACUUAUUGAGCUGUAGUCAGACAUCUUUUGUUUCAAUAUCAUAAUUAAAGUUGACAGUAUGUGAUGAGUCAUUUGGUCACCACUCUGACUCUUUGUUUGGGGCACAUUGCAUUAUUAAGGGGUGCAAGCCUCAAGUCAUGUGAAUGAAUACUAGAAAUACACUAUGGGACAUAGGUUAGCCAUAGCUUCUAGUGCAUGUCUCUCUCAACAGUCUCUCAGUUCUCUCAUGUACUAGGAAGUACUUUAUUUCAGGGAGUAAUGAGAUUAAAAUACUGAGAUGUGAAUUCUAGCUGACUGAUUCCUCAAACAAUGCAGUCUCAGACAGUCAGAAGAGAGAUGGAAUGUAGACAUUCCUGUGGAUUUGCACACAUCCUUAGGGGCUGCCUUUGAAUUAUUAUGUCUGGAUUACAGAUGACAGAAAGAUAGCAUCUUUAUGAGUGAUACUGCCAGCUACGACUCCAUGCCAUUCAUUUGCAGAUGAGUUACUUGUAAUUGCUUCACUGUUUCUUAUACAUAUUUCUUUGUUAUUUUGGUAAAUACAGUAGCUGCCAGUUCUCACUCUGCAGGGAAGGCUCAGGGUCAGUGUUUGAUUAACUAAUUUGCUGUCAGUCCAGCAGCUGAAGCUGACCAUGGGAGGGAAUGAAAUUAAUAAUACUGGAUGAAGCUCCUUAGUAUUUCAUGGAUUUAAUCCUGCGGGAUCUCUGCAUCUGAGUUGGAGCCUCCUCAUUUAGAUGAAUGUUAGCCUUAGAAGUGAUAAAACUUUAGACGAGUUGUUUUUAAAUAGUAUGUGAGUUGAUUGCUUGGUCAGGUAUCCUUGUUCCCAUUGAUUGCUAGUGCUUUGUAAUUCCAAACUUGCAUCAGGAAACUAUACUCAAACAUCAAAAGGUUAAGUUCAUAUUUGAAAUCAUUACCAGCAUAAAUUAUUUCAUGCACCAAUAAUUACUUUCAUGCACCAGUAUUUAAAUUAUAUCAUUAAAAGAAACAUUUUAGGCUAACAUUAGAGUUGGACACACAAUUAGACCUAAGACAACUGUUUCUACAGACUGUCGAAUGUAGAAUGGCACCUGUUUGGUUUGCAGACUGUUAAAGGCAUACUUAUCUCACUUACUGAUUUGUUUAGCUAUGUAUGGGUUCCAGACUAUGACUGAUACACUGGUAAUCUACACAACAAUGUGCAAUAACUACAGAGUGAUUCUGGCAUUUUGCUGUGAAGCAUUGUGAUUGCAGGAUCAUGAGAAUUUUUAUUUUCUCCAAGAUGGUGCAAUCUCAGAUUUUGUAUAUAUAAAUAGCAAUGAGAGUAGGGGUACAGCAUGCUAUGUAGGGACGAGAGGGAUAAGUAUCCCUGAAAAAACGCUGUUUUUUGUGAUUUUAUAAGCUCUGUUGGGGUUCUCAUUUGAGUGAUUCUAACCUCUUUGUGAUAGGUGAAGUGUGAGAUAAUCUGUUUUUGGGAGGGGCUGCAUUCUUCCCAUGCUGUGUACUUUUGAGUAUAUAUUGUAUCUAUAUUUCCAAGGCUUUGUACUCUCAGGGAAAGGGGCAGGCUACAGAUCCCAGUUUCACAAAUGUGAUCACCAAUUAUUAAGGUCCGGGAAAUGGUAACGAUUUGAAUUUCUGAAACUUAUAUGUGAAGACUGAAUAACCAAAAAUCUGGAGUUAAAUAUAUUAAGUCUGAGAUUGAUGUUUCUCAAAAUAUCACCUCUUCUUUAAGGUAUGGUGAUCUUAGAGUUAGAAUAUAUAAGUUUAAGUCAUGUGGGGAGGCCUGACCCCCCACAUCAGGAGUGCAAGAAAUUAUCACUAUUUGCUGCUCUCCUGUAUUUACAUCGGCAUUUCAGAAAUCAACAUUUAUAUAUAUAUAUAUAUAUAUAAGUCAUUCUUAAACGAGGAGUUGAUCAACAUCUGUUUAGCUGAUAAAACUUGGUCGACAAUGCAGAUUGUCAACAGGUAUGCAAGACUGUGCAGUUCUCAUGGCUAUGCAUUUAUACACACCUGUUUAUAUAAACCAGAAAUUUACAGAGGCCCUUACUGACUAGAAUAACUGAAUGCUAACAUAUAAUGAUGUAGACAUUGUAAGUUGUGAAAGACGAGCCUUAAUAAAAGGUGAAUUAUGGGUAAGUCUUGAUAAUAGUAGAUUGUAGUGCUUUUCUUGUGUGUUUUGUCACUGAAUGUUUUUGCAGUUCCUGUAUUUCAUUUUUUUUAUGGUCACUUGAAAGUAGAGGAUAUUAUCUACUUAGGAUAAAAACAUAUAUAUAAUUCUUAAUUUGUUAAGAUUUACUAUCUACUUACCUACUACUAUCUACUUAUCAACUACUUACCUACUAUGCAACAACUCUUACUCUCCGCUCUAGUGACAAAUCACUUCUAUGCAUCUCUAGGGCUAACAACACUGCUGGCAAAGCACUUUUCUCCCACACUGUUGCUUGAAAGUGGAACAACCACCAUCUUCAUUGACCCCCAUCCCCACCAUCUCACACUUCAAAAACUCUCUAAAGUCACAUCUGAUAAGCACCUGGCUAUGCCCAUGCAUAGCCUAAAACCACUGCUUUAGCUCUGUGGAAAUUUGGAAGGGCUUAUUACUUGCCUACUGUAAUUACUAAAGUUUUUUUACAAUCAACAAUUUUUAUCUCUUUAAUAUAGCUACUUCAUUUUAACAUGAUGUAUGUAACAACUCUCAAUGCUAAAAUGUUUUUUGCCUGUUUAACUGCUGAGUUGUAUCUUGUCUGUUUUAUAUUUCUGUCAUAUUAGCUGGAUUUGUGUUGUUACAAUGUGUUAUUAUCGGUUUUUGCUGCAAUGUAUUAAAUUCUAGUAUAGAUUUAAAUAAAUAAUAAAUGAAUAAAUCAGGUAUAGUAUAUGUGGAGCGUUUCUCCCCGGGCCCCCGUUGUAAAUGGACCCAAUC